CACUACGACAUCACCACCUUUCCCAACUUCCAUCAUCCAUCAUCAACGCGUCGCUCUGCAACGCUUCAUCUUUCAUAAAAACUUCUUCUUUUAAAUUCAUCCACUUCUCACAAUGACUGGACGUGGCAAGGGCGGCAAGGGCCUCGGAAAGGGUGGUGCCAAGCGUCACCGGAAGAUCUUGCGUGACAACAUCCAGGGUAUCACCAAGCCUGCUAUCCGUCGUCUCGCUCGUCGUGGCGGUGUCAAGCGUAUCUCAGCCAUGAUUUACGAAGAGACCCGUGGUGUCUUGAAGAGCUUCCUUGAGAGCGUUAUUCGCGAUGCCGUCACCUACACUGAGCACGCCAAGCGUAAGACCGUCACCUCCCUCGACGUUGUCUACGCUCUCAAGCGCCAGGGCCGUACUCUGUACGGUUUCGGUGGUUAAACGCGUCUUAUUCUCGAUUUCGCGAUCUGCCACGUUGCCGAUUUCAAUUUCAACUCGAUACGCGCCUUGCUAGAUAUUUGCGCCAAUCUUGGACCUCUUCCAAUCCAGUUCGCGUGUCUUGCUUGGCUUUUCGUUCCUGCCAAACUUUGCAUUUUACGCGUCUGAUGGAAUCGAUAGAGGAAGUGCACGGCGCUAUGGAUUAUCUUCUUAUUCCAACUCGCACGUUGCAUAUAUCUCUCGACGUUGUCUUUCGAGCUGAAUUAUUUUUGCGUCGGGACAUUAUAUCGUCCUUUUGAUUCUGCUUUGUUCAUUUUCUCAACAAUCGGUACAAAUACCUACCUAAUGUGGCGUUUUAUUCUGCGGACUUGGGAGGGCUAGCGGUCUGGAAAUAACUCUGUGGGACAGGAAGCCUUUUUCUUUUCUUUUCCUUCUUCUCUUUUUUUCUCAUCAAAGUUGUUAUACCAAACGGUUACAUAUAUUGCCUACGU